UAAUAGCGCAGAUGCGAAACUGCGCCCCUGUAGGACUACCGAAAUAAUGUAAUUAUAUUCUUUGAUAACCUGCGGCGGUCUGAUACACUCGCAGCAAUAAUAUCACACAGACGAUCGCGACGUUCCGGAUUCCAGUCGGCCUCGACGACAGAUUGUCCGCAGCCAUCAGCCGAAUUGUUCGUCUGCAACACUCGACACCACCACCUAUAAUAUAACGAUUAAACGUCACAGCCACCGUCGACGUCCUGCUAUAGCGGCGUAACCAGCACACGGCGAUAAAAUACACGUCAUCGUUGCAGUACUGUCGCUGGACCGUUAGCCAUGCCUGGUAUUGUAUCAAAGUCCCAUAAAACGGCCGAGGACAAAAACGCCGUCACUCAUGUUUUCCGCAGAGUAAGGAUUUCUUUGGCUCGAGAACCAUCUAACCUUUCAAAUGAAGAGAUCAUGCAUCAUCCCGAAAUGUAUAGAUUAAUGAAUUUCCUUGAAAGUAUGCCGGUGGAAGAACGAAUUCUCGAGUUUUCUGCACUAACUCCCGAAGAAGAACAAGAAUACUUGAUAGAGAAAAGAAUUCGCGAGACCGAAGAAGCUCGUAGAGCUCGGGAAACAGAAGAAGAUCGCAAGAAUUACUUGAACCGAUUCUUUCGUUAAGAUAAUAAAUCAUAAAAAUUUCAGCAACGUACCUAUUCAUACCUACUAACCCAGGAGUAAUCUACUUCAUGAAUCAUAACUGUAUUUUAUUUACUUAUUUAUUGUUAAUUUAACUAAACGUUUAUAUAAUAGUAAAUACAUCAUUAUCAGUAAUACAUAUUAGAAAUAUUAUAUUGUAUUCAUAUAUUUUUUUUUUCAUCAACUAUAAAUUAUUACUCAUUUAAAAUGUAAAUUUUUCAAUACAAACAGUAGGUAUGGUGGGCACUGAGCAGGUAUUCUGGGAAGUAGGAACAAUACUCAAAUAUACUAUAUUAACUUACACUACCAUACCUCACCUUAUUUCUAAUAUAUUUAAUAAAUAUUAAAAACGAUCACAAAUUGAGACCUUAUUUUAUUUAACUUUGCCAAUUCUACUUAUUUAAAACGUCAUUAAAAUACACUUAAAAAUUAUUUAUUUAAUAAUUAUAAAGAAAUAUAUUUUGUAUCAAAUUAAAAUAAUAACACACAUUUGAUUAACUUUAUCGUAAUCAAAAUAACAAACGUUGGAAUUUUGAUACAUUUUUUUGAAGCAUUUUACAUACAAUUAAUAUAUAACUAAAUAUUAUUCGAUAAAAAAUUUGAUUUUUCUGGAUUCAUCGGAAUUAUUUGCAUUUGUCUUGAAAAUUACUGAAACAUUCCAAAACUGACCUUUCUGUAAUGUAUGUCGUUCAUUUGAUUUAUGUUUGAAUUCCAAUCUUCAAAUACUUAACACAAUACAUAAAAAAUGUGUAAUACUCCCUUCUGUAAAAAUAAUGAACAUAAUUUACAGUAUACUAACGGUAUUCACAGUGUUGUGUAAUCCGCUAAGAAAUAUGAAGUUUUUCUAAAGGCUACACGUAAUCCCUUGUCGCGCAAUUUAUUAGCUCCCUCUAAUUGUACUCAUCUUUGUUCACAUACAAUUUUUUUAGUGUUAUAAUAAUUUGUAUUUACAAUAUAACCACAUAAAUUAUAAAUUUGUUAAGUUGUAAUAUCGCAAUUCAAUAUAAAUAUUAUACAUGAUAAUAUAUUGUUCUAUAAUAAUAUAAUACAAAAAAAAAAAUUAAAAAUCGAUAAUAUGAUGUACCUUAUACCUGA